AUGUCCGAUGAAACAAUUUCCGAAGUAUUAAUUAGCAGAGCCCAAUUAUAUGAUAGUAAUUAUUUAACUGCAGAAAACUUGUCUAAUGCUGUGGAUAAUAAUGAAGAUUACAAAAACAAAAACAAAAACAAACAAUUGUCCUUUGACUCAAAUAAUUCAAUUUAUUCUAAACGUUCGAAUGGAGAAGAGAAAUCCACUUUCAGUUCCAUAACGUCAACUUUGGGAAAUUUGUUAAUUGGUAGGCGACCAUCUCAACAACCUAUUAUCGAACGCAUUCCCGAUACGGUCGAUAAUCCCAAGGAAAGAUUCGCUUCCAAUAUUGCCAUUAGUCCGGAUGGUCAAUACGUAGCCACAUUUAAUUGCAAAAAGCUCGAAUUCAAGAUUUUUAAAUGCGAUACGAGGCAUUAUCUAGUUCGAAAUAAUGAAGUAAUCACCAAUAAAAAAUUUGUAAAUAUUCCAAAUUUAAAUCAUGAUUCCCACCGAGAUUCUAAAUCGUACGAAAUAAACCAAAGUGUAUUCAAGGAAUAUUUACAAGUGGUGAAUUUAAAAAAAAAAUUAAGUAACCUUUCCACAGAAACAACGAAUCAACAAGAUAAAAGUGAUCACAGAACAUUUCCUACUUGGUCAAUUGCGAUUUCAAAUCUCAUGGAACAUAAUGGUGAACUUGUGAUGUUUAUAGCGAUUUCCGCUAUAGUUGAGAGUGAUAUGAUAAAAAGAGAACAUGGGGUUCCUUUACCAAAGCUCAAAUCGUUAUCAAAUAGUAUGGACUUUUCCGCGGCGGAGUAUGAGAACAAAUCCGGAACAGAUAAUAUAAGGAUAAAUAUACCAACUGUCGUUGAGGAUAUACAGGAUUCCGCCGACGAAACCAUAACUAAAGGAAAAACUGCGGUGUUUCGUAUUACAUUUAACAAGUCAAAUCCUAAUUUAAUACAACAACCCUGCACACUUUCAGAAUAUACCGAAGAGAAUAUUGCUGGCAUCGUUCUAUUUGUUCAAAGCGAUCAAACUAAUCAUCAUUUUCAAGAUGAUUGUAUAGAGAAUGAAGAGAACCAAUAUACCGAUAUACUUAUGAAAACAAGUUGCUUGAUUAUUAAUGCUGAGGGAAUUUUUAAGAUCCCAUAUAGUCAAAGAAGUAAUGAUAUUUUGUUUAAUUACAUUGGCUAUCAAACCACAGAAAAGUUUUCAUUUCCCAAAAGGUUCGAUAAAGAAUUGCAAACAUGGUAUAAAUCAAAGAAUUGCAUGGAAAGACUACUUUCAUGUAUUUAUAAUCAUUAUUUUCUAAUCGAACAAUACAAGGAUGGAGUUCAAACAUGUGAAUUAAUAAAUUUGAUGGCAAUGGAACAAGAACAAAUAUUUUCUAGAUAUGAAGAUUCUGGAUCUCAUAAUUUAAAAAAUCUGAAUAUCACUUCGGUUUACGCAAUUUCAAAUAAUCGUCAACUUCUCGCAUUUUCCAAAGGGUUGAAUUCUGUCAACAUCAACUAUAUUGAAAAUGGUCUUGAAGUUGGAGUAAAGAAAUUUGGAGCUGACAGUAAAAUUACAUUUAUAGAAUUUAUCGAUGAUGAUGAAAGGAUGCUACUAGUUAUUGAGGAAGAAAUUUAUGAGAAAGUUUCUAUAGGCGAAGGCGAAACUAAGAAAGAUGAAAAACAUUCAAAAGGAAAAGGAAAACAUGAAAAAAAUAGUGACGAGGAGAUACCAUCUUUAGAUAAAGAUCCAAAGAAUGAAAUUAAAAGCAAGAAACCCACGGAAAAGAUAACAAAAGUUACAAAAAUUAUAAUUUGGGACUUGUUUAGUUCAGCGGAAGAUGCAAUUCGUAUAGGAUCAUGUAAUGAUUUAUUUCCCACACGAAAAGACUUUUAUUCACAUUUAGCCAAAGUACCUGGGCAACUUUUAAGAAUGAAUAAUGACGGAACUGUAUAUUCAAUCCUGCACCAUGAAGAUUUCUUAAAUCAUAUAACAGGAGUAGAGAAGGAUUUAACACAAUCUUUUGGUUGUACGUUAUUUAAAUCUCGAGAGGUAACUUGGAACCAAGCCGAAAAAAUGCCGAUGCAAUAUUCUAAGCAAGAAAAGCACUCAAAAUUACAUCAAAUCUUUCGACGUCAAAUUCCAGUUAAGUCUUAUCACAAGCCGAUUAUUGAAAAUACAGAACCUUGGGUGGAUUCUGAUAAUUAUUAUAGACGGUCAAUAUAUUUGGAUGAUCAAGAGACAUUACAACUUAUUAUAGGACAUAGUACAGUUCAAAUUUGGCGCAAAACAUCAAAGAUGGACAAAAAAGAUAAAAAAGUAAAAUCUGCAUCUACAUUAAGAUCAGAAACUAUCCUUGAAUAUAUUUGGACAAAUGGCAUUUCAUUGGAGUAUGAUUGUGACGAAUCAGCAUUACGUAUUCAAGAAUUAUGGAUAGGAGAUUGCGCGUUUUCACUUACCCUCAUAUGGAAUGUUGGGAAAGAGCUAGAAAUGAGACAUAUUCGCUGGCCAUAUCCAGACGGCCAAGUAUCUGCUGUGAGGCAUGCUUGUGAAGCACUCGAACAUUUACAUAUUCGAAAGGGAAAGUUAAUUGAUAUAAAGAAGCAGUAUCAAUAUGAGGAACUAGUUGAAGGUACAAAUCGCAUCAUUUGGAGGUUUAUUAAAAAGAGGCCAGAGGUCUGGAGACUAAUGGAUAUUCGAUUUAAUGUGAUGGCUAAUUUAAUUCGCGGUGGCGCUUGUUAUUUGAUUAAGUUUAUACUUUUUGGUGAAGAUAACGACUUAAUUAUAAAAGAUAAGAAGCAAUUGAAAAAAAUUGAAGCAGAUAAAAAGAAAAACAAACUUUUUAAUAACAAAUUAACAUUACAUAUACCAAGAACAAAAAACUGGAUGAAUGAUAUCUUAGAGGCAUUAAUUUAUCCUUUAAUAUGUCUAUUAAAUGUAUUGACUUUUGGACUUUAUAUGCCAAAAGAUGAGCCCAUUGUCAAAAAGGAAAAACAGGUAGAGAUUCCUAGUACAGACUUGGAAUGUGCAAUCGAAUAUUGCAAAGGAAAAGAAAGGAAAGAUGCAAUUAUGGUUGGAUAUCUGUUAGAAUAUUAUUCUGAGAAUGCAAUUUAUCAUUUUGGAUGGAUGAUUACAAUUUCAAAAGCCUUGCCAUUAUUGUAUAGAAAUAAUUUAGAUUAUUAUGUGAAAGCAGUACUUUAUAAAGAAUGUUUCGCUGAUAUGGAAUUAGGAACUGAAUUUGACACUUCUGAGAUAAUUCCUGAAGAACGAAGGCCUCGAAGAAAUAGCGCUCAGGAUUUUGUUGCGUUCAAGCCUGUUACCAAACUAAUAUCUGAUAAAAAUAACAAACCAGCACUUCAAAAACUUUGGGAAUUUGUCACGGUUAAAAUACCAAGAUAUUAUGCGGGAUUUGUUGAUAAUUUCGAUGUUGAUCAAGAACCUCCACCUAUAGCUUUAAGAGUUGUUCCGUUACCGAAUUUCACAGUUGAUAAUAUUCCCAAACCAGUUGUAAGUUAUAACUGGAAAUCAAAUUUAUUAAGAUUGUUAAAAAUUCUUAUAAUUCCUCGAGGUUAUAUAAUUGGAAGAGAUGAUAAAAGAUUAUUAAGUCCAUUUGUUCAGGUAGUUAGAUAUGAAAAUGAAAAUGAUAUAUUCGAUAAUCCGGCAAUGGAAGCUAUUAUUGAUUUUAGAUGGAGACCAGCAAGAAACUACUUUUUACAAUUAUUUGCAGCAUUUUUUGCAUAUGCAGUUUGUUUUGCAAUAAUUAGUGCGGCUUAUAUGUCAAACUCUGAUAUUACGGGAGGUUUACAAAUACUUUUAAUACUUGUAAUGGCAUGCUUCUACUAUUUGGCAUAUUAUCUGAUAGCUGUUGAAGUUUUACAACUAUUACAUCAUGGAUGGAGAGAUUAUUUGAGUAUAAUUAAUAUGUUUGAUAUAUUUGCAGUUAUUUGUCCCGCAAUCGUAAUGUCAAUAUUUGUGGCCAGUUCUUUUGAACUUUCUGAUAGUUUUGGUAACGUAGAAACAAGUACCGGAGUUGUAGUUGGUAUUUCUUUUACAAUGCUAUUAAUCUGGUGUGAAAUGAUAUUGUAUCUCAGAUUAUUAUCAGAGAUGGCUAUGUAUAUUUAUUACAUUAUCAUUAUAUUUAAGACUGUUUGGCCUUAUUAUCUUUUCAUGAUUAUUUGUUUUGUGGGUUUUGCACAUGCACAUUUUUUAUUACUACAAAAUCCAAAUUUGAAUCAUUUGGCACCAGAUAUUGAUGGAUAUACAUUAAUUAAUGCGACAACAAAUGAAACAAUGGGUGUAAAUGUAGUAUCAGACUUUGAUCCAAGUUCAACUAAUGAUAAUCCCUUUACAAAUAUGUUGACAUCUAUUCAAGCAGCGUAUUUUUGGGUGAAUGGUGAAUGGAGUCAAAGAGGUAUUUGGGAUUUUUGGGCGGUCGAUUUAUUGUCAGUAAUAGCAAGUCUUGUAUUGGUCACUGUAUUACAAAAUAUGUUAAUUGCAUUUAUGGGUGGUGUUUAUGAAGAAGCUGCAAAGAAAGGAAGAGACGCAUUAUUAAGGUAUAGAGCGGAUCUUAUAUCGGAUUAUGAAGCGUUAGAAGAUAUUAGAUUUUGGCCAACCGAGCCGGAUCCAACUUUUAUCUUUUAUGUAGGCCAUUCAAAGAGUUUCGAUGAAUGGUCUGAAGGAAGGAAAGAUUUUAGAGGAUGUAUUUAUCAAAGAUAUGAAAACAAAGCAUCAUAUAAAAAGUAUGAUUUUAAAGAAGAUAUUUAUGAUGAAGCUUCUCUAAUGAAAUAUGAACCAGACAAAGUCACACAACAAGAUACUAAUAUUAAAAAUACCCCUUCUACAUCAUCACAAGUGGAUGAAUUAUAUAAAGAAUUUCAACAAAGUAUUAAUACUGUUAAUGAAAGGUUAGAUUUAAUGGAUAAAAAAAUCGAUACCAAAAUGGCAGAAUUAGAAAAAAAUAUUCAAAAUUUUAUUAAGGAACUUUUAGAAAAUAGAUAA